AUGCAGCAGCCGGACGCCCGAAAGUAUCAACUUUUUCCCCGGGAGAGACAGACGCCAUCUGCCCCGCCAAAAGGUCUCGAUCCAGAGCAAGCCAAGGCGUACGCACUCGGGCAGACGCAAACACAGGCGCAGGCGACGCAGACGCAGACGCAGACGCAGACAACGCAGACGCAGACUACCGAUAAGCCUGAUCAGGGACGGUCUUCACCUAGCAAUGGCCUGCGCAUCCGCAUCAAAGAGCACAACCUGGUCCGCCGCCGCAAGGUCAGCGUGCCCGAGCUAGGGCCUAUGACCACUGUUCAGGAAGUCGCCAUGGAUUCUCCUACCAUUCCCGGUCGCCCGCCCAUUCACGAGCGCUCCAUCAGCGCCCCAGGCAAUACCUCCAGUCCGCCUCAAAUCCCCAAACAGCUGAUGUCUCCCAAGAGCCUCGCCCCGCUUAUCAUCCCAUCCUCAGCUUCAACCGUAACAAACUCUCCUUCACAGCACGGCAUCAUCUCGGGCCUUGCGCACCAGUUGUCGCUCGGCCGUCUCAGGUCAGGCAGCACACCGAAUGAAUCGAUUUGCCAACGAUCAGCCCGCACAGACGAUUCGCCGCUGUCACGAACUCCAUAUACGCCUGUGUCAAGCUCCACGGCUCUCACAACGCCAAUGUCUGCCACCACCACCACCACCACCACCACCACCACCAUCGCCGCCGCCGCCGCCGCCGCCGCCAUGUCUGCGACUACCAUACCCUCAGCUACCCUACCCUCGGCCACCAGUAUAACCACGCCUCUUUCCGCUCCCGUCCCUGAUUCCUGCAGCUUGGCAUUAUCUUGGGAGACUAGCACCGGCGGUUGUACUGGCGCGGGCGCCAGCGCUGGCACAUGCACCACUCGUGCGGGAUCGACGGCCGUGGACGAAGCAACAACAAAAACAGAUGCCGAAUGCGCUCAACCCCCUGCAGGGCACAGGAGAGGGCGAUCAGAGUCAGGGAGUAUCAUGGAGAGGGGGCGGCCAAGAAAGAGAUCGAAUCGCCGGAACGCAUCGCUUUCCGGGGAGGGAGGCGACGAGCUGAAGCGAACCAAAAGUAUGGAGCGAAAGGCCUACAAGGCCAUUCCUACCGGCUACAAGGCCAGCGACGCGAUAAAUAGGAUGAAGACAUCUGAGCUCGAAGCUCUGCAAAAACAGGCCUACAGCCAGGCCUCAAGGUUUGAGGUCCUGAGGAUGGAGGACGUCGAAUCAUUGUCACGGGAACUGCGACAACUCGACGACCGGACCGAAUAUCUCCGGCGCACUUACAGCUCGCUUCGGGCUGGCCGCCGUAACCUGCACUCACGUAUCUGCCAGUACCUGCGGUCUCCUCGUGUGGCCAGGUUCAGCACCGACGCCAUGUUGAAGCAGGAGGAAGCGCUGGCCGACUUGGAUGCGUCGAUCGACGACUGGAUGAACAAGCUGGAGCAAGCCGAGCAUCGGCGAUCGCUGGUCCGCCAGAAGCUCCUGGAGCACGUGGCUGCGGCGGUGACGCUCUCGACAGCCGGGACUGCGGCGGCCGCGAGCGAGUCCCUGCACCAUGUGAUGGGACUGCGAACCCCUGCGAUGGCGAUGGGCGGGCUGGGCAACAUCUCGACGCCGCCGCGGAGCCCGACAAAGACUUCCUGUUCGUCCUCGCGCAACAACAGCAGCUCUCCAUCGCCACGACGCGCCGUGGGCACGGGCACGGGCACGGGCACAGGCACGGCGGGCAUGGCGCAGGUCCCGAGCACGAUCAUCGAACAGCCCCAAGUGGAGGAGGACGCCGAAUUGGCGCGACGCCUCACCGACACGGAGAGUAUCCGGAUAUACGCCGACAGCGAUGUCUACGCGCUGCUGGCCGACGUCGAGGACGAGAUCAGCAAGAUGAGCGCCGAGUCGCAGCAGGCGGCGAGGAAGGAGAUGGAGGCCAUGGGCAACGACGAGCAGAAACAGGUUUGUCGCGCACCAAGCCGCGGGGCACUUCGGCUCAGUGCGGACAUGAAAGAGCAGCAGCAGCAGCAGCAGCAGGAGGAGGAGGAGGUUUCGUUCCUCUCCCCGCCGACUCCUUCGACGGUCGGCCACCCUUCCCCGCCGAGGGACCGGGGUACUCCUACGGCGGAGCCCAUCUUUUUGACGAGCGCUGUGUUCCAGCCUUGA